CGUAGAUAGUCAGCGACACAGUUACCGCCCCCAGCGGUCCUUCUAGCUCACGCUUGUUAUCUGCUUCAUGACCACCUUACCAAACAUGGUUCAACUGAGUAGAGUUUGCCUCCGGAAAUAUGGACAUUUUGUGGACAACAUCCGCCUGUAUGUCCGCGCAGGCACAGGUGGUAUGGGUUUGCCUCGCCUUGGAGGGUACGGAGGACAGGGUGGAAAUGUCUUGGUGGUCGCCACAGAGAACAUGACAUUGAAGAGGAUCAAAGACAAGCACCCUCAUAAACGGUUUCUAGCCGGCGUAGGAGCGAACAGCAGUGUGCGUUCCCUGAAAGGUGAAAGUGGAAUGGACAAAGAGAUUUUGGUUCCAGUGGGUGUCACAGUCACCACAGAUAAAGGCAAGAUAAUUGGAGAACUUAAUGCAAAGGGGGAUCGUUUGAUGGUGGCCAAAGGAGGACACGGAGGUUCUUGGUCCUCUUCUUUUCUGCCCGGUAAAGGCCAGUCAAAGCAGAUCAAAUUAGACCUCAAACUCAUCGCUGACAUGGGCCUGGUUGGGUUCCCAAAUGCGGGCAAGUCGUCCCUGCUGACAGUUUUGUCUAAUGCCACCCCUCAGAUAGCCAAUUACCCUUUCACAACGUUGCAGCCUGAGAUUGGUAAAUUAUUAUAUGAUGACCACAAGCAGAUCUCAGUCGCGGACCUCCCAGGUUUGAUUGAAGGUGCACACAUGAACAAAGGAAUGGGACACAAGUUCCUUAAGCAUGUGGAGAGAACCAAGCACCUUCUCUUUGUGGUUGAUGUUUGCGGAUUCCAGCUCGCGAGUCAAACAGCGUUCAGGUCGGCCUUUGAAGCAGUGCAGCUCCUCACUAAGGAGCUAGAAUUGUACAAGGAGGAGCUUGUGAACAAACCAGCACUGCUAGUAGUCAACAAGAUGGAUCUGCCGUAUGCUGAAGAGAACCUGGAGCAGCUAAAAGAGCAGCUACUAAACCCAGAAGAUUACUGCAGGACAUUGCUGCCCACUGACUUGAUACCAAAGGGUCACAUGACAUUCAGGCACGUGGUUCCUGUCUCCACUACUAACGGGUUUGGUGUGGACCGAUUGAAAGGUUUAAUUCGGGAGUCGCUCCAGGAGGUAGACGCCAUGGAUACUGAGCCCUUCCGUCAGGAAAGACUGCAGCUGCUGAGGCGAUCACUGUAGUUAGUUUUACAUUAAAAACAUGGAUUAUGUUAUUAGUCCUUUAAAGGUGUUAAAUUAUAAUUGUUUUUCUACAUUUAAAACACUUCUGUGUUGUCUUCAUAAUAUUUAAUGGUGUUGCGUGGAUUAGUUUUAUGGAUUAUCUUCAAGCCGCUUUCUGACCAUCUCUUCAGGAUGCGCUGUUUUGUGGGCGAUCUUAUUUAUGUGAAGUGAAGUGAAGUGAAUUACAUUUAUAUAGCGCUUUUUCUCAAGUGACUCAAAGCGCUUUACAUUGUGAAACCCAAUAUCUAAAUUACAUUUAAACCAGUGUGGGUGGCACUGGGAGCAGGUGGGUAAAGUGUCUUGCCCAAGGACACAACGGCAGUGACUAGGAUGGCGGAAGCGGGGAUCAAACCUGCAACCCUCAAGUUGCUGGCACGGCCGCUCUACCAACCGAGCUAUACCGCCCCAUAUGUGACUUCACCUCGAUUGCGUCUUCUCCCCAUCUUUGAUAUAGUUUUUACCGCUUCCAUAUGGAGUCUACUUACAGAUAUUACUUCAAACUAUACACUACUUUGGAGGGAUGGAUGUAUUAGAAAUGGCAACAGCGGAGAAAGCAUGUUCAUGUACGAGACACCAAUGAAGCAAAUUCCAAACGUCUCGUUUGCCAAAAGUAUAAAGAAAGGCAAGAUGGUUUUAUAAAUAUUUUUGCAUGGCCACCAUAAUUUGAUUUUACAUGUUCGGGACUUAUGCGGACCCAAAUACACAAAAACAGGUAUAAAUACAGGUUUAUGGGUGUGGUCACCAUAAUGUCAUUGAAUCAUUUGCAUAAUUUCCUAAAUUAUUUUCUUUAAAAAACUCAAAAAUGUAUACAUACAUUGUAAACAUUUAUUAUGAAUUAGUUUGUUGUUGUUUUUUAUCGUUUUGCCCUAUUUUCAAUUGUUACUGCUUUUUGUACAUUGUACUUGUUGAGAUUUUGUUCAAGUGUUCUCAGACUUUUGAGGGUUUUUAUUUUUAAUUAAAAACAACCAGCAACAAAUCUAGCAUCUUGUGGUGUUAUUAUAAAAUGUACUCGUGUUAAGAGACUAUUUCUGUCCCUCGAUGUCCCUGAUGAAAGAAGAGAGCCGCAGUGACCAUGACGUCACGUUUGCUUCCUGCUGUUGCUCUAGUUUAUUUUCUUAAAAGCCGCCACUGUCCUCUUAAUAUUUGCACAUUUUGUAGAUAAGUGUCUGCUGGUAUAUCUGGAAUGUAUUAAAAUUAUGUCCACAUUGCAUACAUGCUGACAAGGCUCGAGACAGUCACAAUGGCAUGCGUUUUGUUAACAUCCGGAUUCAGGAGCAUGGAUUUCGGUGAUCAAAGUAUUUUUUCGGUGGUCAAGUUUUCGGUACAUCACUCAAUAGUGCGCAUAAUGGGCUAUAUACAGUAUAUCAAUUUGUAGUGUAACAACCAGCUAAUGUUAAUGUUUUAUGUUUGUGUGGUUUGGAUUUGAUGUUAGUUUUUCCCAUGUUUGCAAACACACCAUCUGUGCCUGAAAGAUGAUUGGCAUAGAAUGAGGAAGUGUUGUUGUGUGUCCGGCGGGGAAGCACGGACUCACGGGUCGAAAGUGCGUAAACUGAAGGUAAAACGUAAAAUAUUAAAAUUGUAAUUUUUUCUGGGGGCUACAAUAUAUUACAUUACUGUAAUUUGUCAGAGAAGUCCCGCAGGAUUAGAGCGGCCAUAUUUUGUCGGUUGUAG